CUUCCGGUGUCGGCCAUGGCCCUGCAGGUGGCGCUGCGCCGGGCGGCGGCGGCGUGGGGGGGGAGGAUGGGGAGCCUACAGUCUACUUCUGUAGGAUUGUCUAAUGAGGCUGCUGCGAGUCAAAUACAGAACAUCGUUUCAGACAACUGUGUGGUGAUUUUCUCUAAAACAACGUGCCCGUACUGCAAAAUGGCAAAAAAGCUGUUUGAGGGUUUGAAUGUGAACUACACGGCUGUGGAACUGGACACAAACACCAAUGGGAGUCUGUUCCAGGACAUUCUUGAGCAGAUGACGGGCGGCAGAACAGUCCCAAGAGUGUUUAUCAAUGGGACUUGUGUUGGAGGUGCAACAGAUACUCAGAGGCUUCAUGAUGAAGGCAAACUGCUUCCUUUAGUUCAACAGUGUCAAAUACAAGCGAAUUCCUGAGCAGCCAUCCAGCUUCGCUUCAUCUUCCUUUGUAUAAACACAAUUUCAGAUGAAUGCAGAAGAUCACAAAGAUGCACAGCAUGAGCUGCACUCAGCAACUUCAGACCACGGCUUUCUGAAUCACAGAUCGUCCUCUGACAGACUCUUUAUGGACUCAGCAAAUUAAUUGGUGUCCUUGUUUAAGCUUUGUCGUAAUCAAAAUGGUCAUUAAAAAUCAUUAUGUAACUCAGGGCUCGAAGUGUGAGACAGUGAUGUCGUUUCGUGGCUCUUACGUCCUGCUUCAGAGAGGUCUAAACUGUACCAGAAUAACGUGUAUUUUUUGGCUGCACAUUAGUUGGCUUUCCAGCUUUGUUUCAAUAAAUGCUCAGUAUAAUUUAA